AUGGCAUACUACAACUCUCAAAACUUGACUGGCGGUAGUAACACUCCUGUUAGUUUACCCUCAGGAAACCCUACCCAGUAUUCCAGCAAGCUUACGACUAAUCAGGCUUACAACACGCAAACAAUGUACGCUGUCGGUCCAGAUGGUAGGCCAAACCCAACUAAUCCGGCCGCAGUAUACACGGUCUCUGAUAACGGUACUCCGCGGAUGGGAGGAGUUCCUGUGAUGAUUUUCAAUAAUCCUCCACCCAUGAUAGCUACCAGUACGCCUGGAUAUUGCACCAACGAGCUUUUCUUUGCGAUAUUUGCAUUAAUACUCGCCAUAGCGGGCGGCGCAAUGUGGGGUGCGUCCAAGUCAACGUUUGACGGUUGUCUCAAUAAUUGUCCAUAUUCAAGCUACUCGGAUUAUUACAACACCUGUGCUGUUAAUUGUAGAAAUUCAUAUUAUGCGCUCAAAUAUAGUGGCAUUGCUUUAUUGGUUAUUGGAGGGAUCAUAUUGGUGGGAGUUGCAUUUGUUGCGAAUG